AUGCCACCAUUGUAUGAGAUAUCCACCUUGGCCGUCCUCAUUCAAAAAUGCAUAACAAUAACCUCAUUGAGAAAAUGUCGUCAACUCCACGCCCUCAUCCUAACUACUGCCACAACUUUCGAUGUCCAAACUCCCUAUCUGAACAACAAUCUCCUCUCCAUGUAUGCGCGGUGUGGCUCACUCGAGGAGUCUCGGUUGGUGUUCGACAAAAUGCUUCACAGAAGCCUUGUUUCCUUCAAUGCACUCAUCGCGGCUUACUCUCGAGUCCCGGACCAUGCGGUUUCAGCCUUCGAAUUGUAUGGGCGAAUGGGAGUUGAGUGCCUGAGGCCAAACGGUUUUACUUUCACGAGCUUGCUACAAGCAUCUUCUUCGCUUGAGGAUUGGUUGGCUGGCUCUUUGCUUCAUUCCCAAGUUGUAAAGUUUGGAUUCUUGAAUGAUGUUUGCGUUCAAACCUCCCUACUUGGGAUGUACUCGAAUUGUGGGGAUUUGGAAUCUGCGAAAAGAGUUUUCAAGUUUAUAAACGAUAAAGAUGUCGUGGCUUGGAAUUCUGUAAUAUAUGGACACUUAAAGAAUGAUAAAGUGAAGGAUGGGCUUGAGCUCUUUGGUGGGUUGGUGAGGACGGGUGUUAUUCCAACCGAGUUUACGUAUUCAAUGGUUUUAAAUGCAUGUAGCAGAUUGGGAGAUUAUCGUUGUGGGCAAGUUAUUCAUGCCCAAGUUAUCGUUUCAAACGCACUAGUUGAUUUGCCUUUGCAAAAUGCCCUGCUUGACAUGUAUUGUAAUGUUGGUGAUACCCAAAAAGCAUUCCGUGUCUUUCUUAGAAUGGAAAAUCCAGAUUUUGUUUCAUGGAACUCAAUGAUUGCUGGGUACUCAGAGAAUGAGGAAGGAGAAGAGGCUAUGGUCCUUUUCGUCAAGUUGCAGGAAUUGUCUCUUCCUAAGCCAGAUGAGUAUACUUAUGCAGCCAUCAUAUCAGCGACUGCUUCAUUCCUAGCCUCAAAUAAUGGGAAACCUCUCCAUGCCCAAGUUACAAAAGCAGGAUUUGAUACGAGUGUCUUUAUAGGAAGUACCCUAGUGUCCAUGUAUUUCUACAAUGCUGAAGUUCAAUCGGCGGAAAAGGUCUUUAAUAUGAUUUUAGAGAAGGAUGCUGUUCUCUGGACUGAAAUGAUUGCAGGUCAUUCUAGAAUGGCUAAUGGGGAGAGCGCAAUUAAAUUUUUCAAUGGAAUGUGUCGGGAUGGCCAUAAGAUUGAUAGUUUUGCUCUCAGUGGAGCAUUGGGUGCAUGUGCAGGCCUUUCAAUAUUGAAACAAGGUGAAAUGAUUCACUCCCAGGUAGUCAAAAGGGGAUGUGAUGCUGAAAUGUCUGUAUGUGGUAGUUUGGUAGACAUGUAUGUCAAAAAUGGUGACCUUCAUUCUGCUAAAUCAAUAUUUUCCCAAGUUUCAAACCCUGAUUUGAAGUGCUGGAACUCGAUGCUUGGAGGAUAUAGUCACCAUGGAAUGGCAAUGGAGGCAUUGCAGCUCUUCAAAGAGAUUCUAAAUCGUGGUUUAAGACCAGAUCAAAUAACAUUUCUGUCUCUUCUCUCAGCUUGUAACCACGGUGGGUUGGUGGAUAAAGGAAAGUUCCUGUGGAAUUUAAUGAAGGAAAAUUGUUUAUCACCGGGCCUUAAGCACUACUCUUGCAUGGUAAGUUUGCUGGGUCGAGCUGGACUAUUGGAGGAGGCAGAGGAAAUGAUAGUCAAAUCACCUUAUAGAGAAGAUAAUCCGGAACUGUGGAGAACUUUGCUAAGCUCAUGUGUCAUCAAAAGAAAUAUGAGAGUAGGAAUUCAUGCAGCAGAACAAGUUCUAAGAUUAGAUGCAGAAGACAGUGCAACCCAUGUCCUUCUUUCUAAUCUUUAUGCUGCAGGAGGGAGAUGGGAUUGUGUCGCAGAAAUGAGACGAAAGAUACGAGGAUUGGUGUUGGAAAAGGAUCCUGGGCUAAGCUGGAUUGAGGCCAAGAAUGAUAUUCAUGCAUUUUCCUCUGGGGACAGAGUACACCCCAAGGUCGAAGAAGCCCAAGAUGAACUGCUCAGGCUACAGCAGAACAUGAUAAGGUCGGAAACUGAAGAUUUUGAUUCGAGAAUCUAUUCUACGUAGUUUAAAGAGACUGAAACAAAGAGAGAGCUUGGAAUUUUAUUGAGCAUUGGUGAUAACAGACCUCUAUAUUUCGGUUUCCGGCUCAAAACAAAUGCUGUUGAAGAUUUGGAAAUUGAUACGAAUACUGUCCACUCUAGGUACUCUAAGCACUACUACUACUGCUACUGCAGCAGGUAUUGUCAGCAGCCAUUGAUGAGGCAGGACUAAAACGCAACGGCCAAUUUGUCAUAAUCCUUAUGUUUUGCAAAUCUUCAUGAGAAUAUCGCUUUUUUUAGGGCUUACAUUCAGUGAAAAAUAAUUGCAAGUGUUACGGAUGAGAUCGAUUAAGCCAAACAAGAAGCUAGAACUUUUCUUCUGGUAGCCUGGCUGUUUCCAGAAUCUGGCCAAUCAAGAUAACCAUGUCCACAGACUCCACUUCAGCUGGAGCAUCACUGUGAGCAAAUCAACCAUCUUAGUAUCUUACCACUUUUCAUACCAAGCAAAACGAAAAAUAAAAAGUUCAAUCCCACUUGAAGGAACCUUAGCUAACUCUCCCAUAACUUAAACUCGGCCAGUAAUAAUCCCACUAUAAAUUAGCAAUAUCUCUUGACAUUUCCAUGCCACAACUCCAAGCUGGGUUGGAGAUCUAGCUGCAAUGAGUGCUUCAGAGAAGCCAAAAAAGCAACAGAUUAUUUAGCAAAACAGGGCGCAUGUGGAAUAAGACUUAAGGAUAGAGUAUGACAGCUACAUGACCUCAUUGCCGAUAGAAGUCAGAGGACUGAUGGCUUUGGAUCGAGCUGGAAUAUCCUUAAGCCGUGAUAAAUAACUCUCAAUAUGAAGUGGAAAUAUAGUUCACACAAUUGCUGUUUUAGUUCCUGGGUUGUACAUAUAUGUUCUUGCUUAUGUUUCAGAUGAUAUUGAGUCCAAGAUGGGAUAUUUUAGCACCUUGUUUUUGGGAGGUUGUAUUCUACAAGAUGUUCUAUAGAUGUAAGCGCAGCAUUCCCC